UUAAGUAUCUCUUAAACGCGCAUAGACCUUGUAAUUAGCUUUGAGGCGUUGAACGUUCAGACAAACUGUAAGUUUGAUGGGGGGGUUGCCAGCAAAUAUAGCAAAUUAAGCUAACUUUCUGGCGGGAAACGGUCGUAAGUGAAUGUAAAAGUGAACUACCGACGAGCUGCUAACGUUUUACAAUCAUGACGGAUGCUAAUGAUUUGUAUGAAACAAUCAUGCGGGAGCUGGAUAAUGUGGUCAUCUCUGAUACUGGUGACACUAAAGAAGAGCAGGAGAGCUUUAAAGUUCACGAAGAGACGGUCUCAGAUGAUUUUCCCCCAUCUCUGCUCAGCUACUUUGAAACUUCAAAGAGCAGAGCAGCAGUCUGUGAGAAAUUCAUCCUUGAGGAACUUGAAGACUUCACUGCAUCACAUCACACUAAGGACAUGGUGAACUUGCCUUAUGAACUCGAUGAGGAACUGAAUAAGCAGGUUACUUGUGAAACAGAAAAUAAGGAAAACAGCUCUUCCGCUGAAACUCACCUCCUGCCUACACCCACAGAGACAAAAGCGCUUUCCGCUCAUAGUGUGUCAGUGUGUCUCAACAGUGAAGAUGAGACUGAAACAGAUGAAUACAUGGAGUGUAAGAAGUAUCUGGAAGUGAGGACCCUCAAGAGCUCCAUGAAUGAGGAGGAGAUAAAAAAAAGCACUGAAUACCAGAGAGAACACAUAGAGAGGCAACAUUGUGAGGAGAUGACGAAAGAGGAGCAAAGGAGACAAAGAGAGAGAGACUUCCAGGAGGAGCUGAAGAAGAUAAUGGAAGCAGAGAAGCUACAUCAGAAGGAACUUGAGUUGAUGGAGAAGAGAGCUCAGGAGAAACUUGAACAGGAGUUUCUGCUUCAGCAGGAACUGAUUAGCAACUUACAGAAACGAGUGGAGAAAGAGAGGAAGGUGCGGGAGGAGGAGCAGAGGAGGAUAAAGGAAGAGGGGGAGAGGAAGAGGAAGGUGGAGGAAGAGAAAAGGAAGAGGGAGGAGGAGGACAGGAGGAAAAGGGAAGAGGAGAUGAUUAAGAGAGAGAUGGAGAGGAAAAAGCUGGAGGAAGAGAUUCGAAGGAAUAGAGAGGAUGAGGAAAAGAGAAAAAUAGAAGAAAUGAGACUCAAAGAAAAGAUCAGAAGAAAGAAGGAGGAGGAACAGAGGAAGGAAGAAGAGGAAAAGAAGAAAAUGGAGAAAGAAGAAAACAGGAAAAGAGAAGAGGAGAAAAACAAGAUAGAAGACAUGAGGAGGAAAGAGGAACAGAGGAAAAUAAAAGAAAUAAGACUUGAGGAAGAGAAGAGGAGGAGACAGGUGGAAGAAGAGGAAAGAAAAAGGAAGGAAAAUGAUGAGAAAGUAAAGGAGAGGGAGAAGAAUAGGAAAAGAGAGGAGGAAACAAGGAAAAAGGAAGAGGAGAAAAAAAUGAUUGAGUUGAAAAGGAAGAAGAUGGAGGAAGACAAAAGCAGGAUAAAUGAAGAAGAGAUAGGAGUUAAGGAGGAGGGGAGACACAGUGAUGACAAACACAAGAGAAGAGAGGAAGAGGUGAGGUUAACGAUGGCGCUUGAGGUGAGGAUGAAGCAGGAGGAAAUGAGACACAAGGGAGAAGAGAGAAAAAGUGAGGAAACAAGAAAGGCGGAAGUAGAGAAGAAGAGAAAGGAAGAGGGAAAUAGCAAAAUAGAAGAAAUUAAACUUGAAGAAGAUGAAAAGAUAAAGAAGCACGAGGAGAGGAGACAUAGUAUGGAAGGUAAAGAUAUGUUAAGGAUGGAAGAAGAGAAAAAAACAAAAGUAAUGGGGCGACAGAAAGAAGAGGAAAAAUACAAUGAUGUUGAAAAAGAGAAAAGACUCAGGAAAGAGAAGGAGUUGGAUAAAGCACAUGAAGCAGAGGAUAAAGAAAAGAGGCAGGAAGAGGUGAAGAAACAUCAAGAGAAGAAUGAUAUGAGAAAAAGGGAGGAUGGGAGAAAAAAUACAGGUGCUGACAAGAGGGACAUUAAGGAAAAUGUGAGAAAAAACCAAGAAGAAAACAUAAAAUCAGGAGAAAGAACACUCAGAGAAGAGGGGGAAAACAACAAGAUUAAAGUGCUGGACAACGAAAAGGAGGAGAGGCUGAUUAUAGUGAACAAGCUGCAGGAGAGGAGAAGAGAAAAUAACGGCAUGAAAACUCAAAAUGAGAGCAAGAGUACAGAGAACACCAGAAACUCCCUGACCUCACAACUAGAAGACAGAGCCACCCGGACCUCCUCAAGCCCUGGUCCUUUACCCAGUGAGUCCACAGCCAGUCCCACCAGCUCUGACCUAAACAAGGACACUAGCCAGACCUCCACACAUAAAACUAGGGAGCGACAAGAUGAAGCAGUAAAGCCUUCCACUUCCUCCGGCUCUUUACCCAUGUGUCUCCCAGAGCACACAGAGCAGAAGAGACUGUCAUGGAUGAAAGACUGCGUCCCGUGGUCCAAACUGUCUCUCCAGAACAGGAGGAAGCAAAAGGGAUGUGUCCGAAGUCGAAGAGGACCGAGGAGGGCCGCCGGGGCCAGCGGUCUGCUGCCUCUCUGCUCGAACACUCUGCUUCAGUCCACAGGCUGCAGAUCCCUGGAGAAGGUGACCACAGUGACUCUGGAGGACUUGCCCGGCUGCGGUUUGUCCACUCUCGCUCAGUGUACCCACCUUCAGUCCCUCACCCUCAGACGCUGUGGCCUCAAAUCCCUGGAAGGCAUCAAGCAGUUACCACAGCUCUGCUACAUCGAUCUACAGGAAAAUGACAUCUCUUUUGUGGACUGUGAAAACAUGACCAGUUUAAGAGUUCUUCGACUCGGCCACAACGAUUUGACGUCCAUCCACGGUUUAAGUGGCGCUGAAAAUUUGGACCUUCUGGACCUGUCACACAACUCCAUCACCCGCAUUGCGGGCCUGGAGUCUAUGAAGAGACUGCAGAGGUUGUCGGUGGAUCACAACCAGCUGAUCAGCACCAAAGGGCUGAGGGAUGUUUACACCCUCCUUCACCUGGACUGUUCACACAACCACCUGGCAAGUGUGGAGGGUCUGGAGAACAGUGCUCUGCUCCAGACUCUGGACCUAAGAGCCAACAGCCUCACUGAGCCCCCGACUCUUAACAACCACAUCCUCCUCAGAGAGCUGCAUCUAGACGACAACAGCAUCUCCUCACUGCAGGGCCUCGCCGUCUGCUGGCUUCCUCUCAUGCACCAGCUCUCAGUGGCUCAGAACAGAAUUACCCACCUGCACUCCAUGUCUGAUUUUGUGUCCCUCGCAAAUCUGGAUCUUCGAUUCAACUGCAUGUCAGAACUGCAGAAUGUGUGUGAGAGUCUGGAGGGAUGUCAGUUCCUGCGAGAGGUCCACCUCACCGGAAAUCCUUUUCAGAAGGAGAGUGGCUGGAGAUCCACUCUGCAGAGAGCAGCGGCUGGCCUGAGAGCCGUUGAUGGCCAGGAGACAGACGCCUUUAUGUCAGCUCCUGCUGUUCCACAGGUCAGCUCGGCCUCGGGCGACUUCCUAACGUUUUGUCAGGCUCAGCUAAAGCAGAGUCGUGAUUUACAGCAGCAGCACAGCAGGGAGCUCAGUAACGCCUCACCUCACCUGGAUGCUGUGAAAAGCUCCUGCCGACACUUCGCUGAGACUCUGAAGCUGGCUGUGGACCAGAGAUUCGCCCAUGAAUAUGGCGACACCACUGUGUCUGCAGGCCGAACAACACCUGAGAAAACACUGGACGUGGACAGUACCAGUGCUGAAAAGCUUUCUGAGCACUCACACACGGAGCCCACUGGAAAAGUUCCAGCAGUUACUCCAAGCAAGAACAAUAUCAAGAACUGGUGUGACACAUUAGAUACUGUUACAACAGUUUUAAAGACGGGCCUUCACUCCUCCCAUCUGGAAAUGGCACAUGUGUCCAACCAUCAAGACCUGGACCCAAGAAACACAGCAGCAGUUGUGAUUCAGCAGUGGUGGAGGGAAUACAGACAAAAAUGUGGGAACAUCAGCAGCCCCCUCACAGCUGAGAAGGGAGGGGGAAGAGGAGGUGGCGGAGGAGCGCCAGAGUCGGGACCUUCCUAUAUUAACGAUUGUGCAGCAACAAUCAUCCAGGCGUUCUGGAGGGGCUUCGCUCUGAGGAGGAGGCUCGCAUCUGCUCUCGCUGCUGUCACAUGCACCGACAGCGGAGAGGACGAAACCUUUGAGGAGGUAGACGUGGAUGAAUUUGUCCUUGAUGAGGCAGCACUAGAGAGACACUGGACAUUGCCGCUGUGUGAAGACUCACCUUCCAGAUGUCACUCUGUCUCAGAGGAGCCACUCUCUCUGAAGCCUCUGGAGGCCUUUCCUGAACCCUCCCAGCACACACUCCCACCACCACCACCACCACCACCACCGUCAUGGAGGCCAAAGCAGGCCUGGGUGGCUGGAGAACAGGUGGACUCCACUGGGCAGAGAAUUUCCCCAGAGGGCUCCAACAGAAACAAAUCUGCUGCCUCAUCUUCAGUGCUCAGUGGUCUCACUGCAAGAUCAGAAAAGAUUCUGGAAGAAUGGGGCUUUACCGACAGCCACACAGCUCAUCUGAUGCUGAGGAGAGCUCAGAAGAUGAAGUCGAAGAAGCAACAGCAGAAGAAACUUAGGGAUCCCUCUGUCCGCCUCGCUUUGUUCAGAAACUGCAGUUACCAGCGGGGUCCAGUGGAGGCACGAAACAGGCCUGCACCACACAACAGAAAUUACAUGAAAGCGAGCGAGGCUGAGCUGGGCCUUCGCCAGGCAGACAAGACGGAGCAAGUGACACAGGGACAAGCUGACAGGUCUGACAGGGACUCAGAGAGCGAACGUUUCUUACCGGAGAUCAGCUCAGACGUUCUGAACGGAGGCAGAGUGCAGCUCGUGGCUGACCCAGGGUACACAGAACGUCUACAUCACGCCAGUGGAUUGUGGGCCAACAGCAACUUAGCUGCCCAGCCCUGCAAAGAGAGAAAUUAUCCUCGCAGAAACUCUUUGGGUCAUGCAAGAGGAGAGCGUCCAUCUCCUAAUCGAGUCACAUCUGCUCCAUUAAAAAAGGAGCGCAUCUCCUUCCGAGACAACCCUGUCCAGCUGAGCGGCGGCUGGGGGGGGGGCAAGAAGAGGGACAAAGUGUACAAGUGAAACACCAACUCCUCUACAGCCACAGCACAAUACUGCUGCAGGCAGAUACAACUGUGGUAUUUGCUUUUAUUUUUACCUUCUAUCCCUGAUACAUCUGCCUAAAACAGAUGUGCAAUGGAACUGCUCACAGCCGUGAUACCUUUUUUAUAGUGUUAACAUGUUCUCUUGCAAAAUAGCACAGAUUUGAAGUCUUAAGAUAUUAAAUAAAUCUCUUUUAAGAGUUUAGCCAGUAAAUGUCAGUGUGAAGUGGCUAUUUCUCCCUUUCUCUCUUUAGUUUUAUUUAUACUGCUAUUUUAUCACCUGCGCUGAAUCCCCCUGCAGCUGUUCUUUUUAAACUCAGCUGAAAACUCGGGCUCCCUCUCCUGAAAAUUAAUUAAGACCAAUAGGACCUAAACCAGCCCAAAUAUCCUCAGGCAGCUCUAUUAUGUUGAUUCUGCUCAAGUAUCAGUACCUGAACGCGAUCGCAGCCAGCCUGCACCAAAACACAUGGAGCAAAGUCACAAACCUUCAGCAAAUGACACGCUUCAUAUGCAAAUGAUGGCAGGAAAUCAGAACCAGGACCUGUAAUACCUGUGGGUUCAUGUUUCCUAACAUGCUGACCUGACAGAAAAUAUAGUAAAUAUAGUUUGUAAGCGUGGGAAGAGAUUUGCUUCUUUCCAUUUCUCCUGUGCUCUCUCAAGUUUAAUAAAGGCCAGAAAUUUAAGUGCCAUUUCCCCAUUCUGUGGAUAUAUGUAGCUCCUGCUCACCAACAGUGGCCUUGAAAAUGACUGCUUUUAUGAGCCGAGCACAAACAUUGGUGUUAGAAUUAGAAGCCUGUUUUCUUUAUUUCCAGUUGUGGAUUUAUAAUGGCCUCGUCUGUGUAUUUGAAUUUGGAGAAGUUAAGGCGUCCGCUCGCAAACACUGCCCUACCGGAGGCGGUGAACCUCAGGCUUGGAGGUUCCUCGCUGGUCCGUUGCCUGGAAAUGAUAACUUAACGAAUGUCAAAACAAAUAGACGGAGCUGCAGAGUGGCUCCCUGGCAGGAAAUGCAUGUCUCCCUAUUUAUUUUCCUUCUAUCUUUCACUUACACAUGUCUGGAGGGUGUGUUUUGACUGUACACGAGCUGAUGGGGAUUUUUGUCCUGGAGAGUGAAGUAUGCCAGAGAUGUGGUGGUCCUGCCCACUUGGGGGUUGUUGUGAAACCCAAGAGCACUGUGCUCCUUCAGCGGGGGACUGAUUCAUCAAGCCCCCCUGGGGGACACCAAGGGGGGUGUUUUUUUUUUUCUUUCUCUCUCUCAUGAAACUGCCAUUAUACAGCUGGAAAAUUCAGAUUUCUAUUGCACAUACAGGUGACAUAAAACUGCUGUAUAUGCACAUCAUGUGACAGGUUUUUGUUUUGUUUGACACAAGCUCAGAUUUGCCAGCCUUUCAGACUUCUCCUCUACAACCACUGCCUCUUAAAUUAGAUUGUUAAACCUUCGUCCACCAGCCUUCGUUAGAUGUGUUUACUUUUGGGUUAUGGGUAAAUUAUAUGUAACCUAAGACAUCCAAAAUCCAUUGCCUGGUGAAAUGAGUGCUCCACCACACAUUUAGAUAAGAUGAAGAAUGUCCCUCUCAGCCCAGACUGCGCUGCCAGCCUGACCUCAAGUCAGCAAAUGUUGUCAGAUGGAGUUUGGCAGCGAGAGGGUUUUGUGUCCAAAUCGUUCCAAGUGCUGUCUUCAAACGCAUUAUAGAACCAGAGCAGUGUGUUUGCAAGUUUUACGUACACUGUACAUUUUGGCUUUUUGUUGCUGAUUACUUCUUAUAUCAUAUGUAAAUGAAUGGAAACCACUUUCUGCCCGGAAAGAUGAUCACGUUUCUAAAACACAACAGCAUAUCUUGUACAGAAUAAUCAGCUGUGAUGUAAAGUAUAAUUUAUUUUUAGUAAAUUGGCAAAAACUACUAGUGUGGUGCUUUGAGGGUGCAGCAGUUUCUCUUGGAACUGAUGGCGAUAAACUGAGCCUGAUGCGAGACAUACAGCAGAGAAACUGCAGUGCAUGUGUGCAGGCAGCAUUACAUACUAACUGAAGUGUGGUUGGAGAAGGAAUAAAGCUGAUUUGAAGCUGUUGUAUAUAUCAUUCAAGUGAACAGUAAAUCAUAAAAAGACUAACUUAGUAGUUUUUUAAAAAGAAAAGUGUAUAGUAUAUAAUUUUUUUUUUAGAGAUAUAUGGCUUUACUUCGUCUCAGGCACUGGAAACACACUUCGGGGUGUAAAAUAACUUUUAACUGCAAAGACAAAUGACAGAAGCGAUGGUCCUCUCUCUUAUUUAUUCCUGCUCCUCUGACACAAUUAGCCAGCUCUUUCAGCCAAAGUAAAGAGAAGGGAAAUGGAUAUAAACUCAGAGGAAUGUGCAAGCUCUCCUGGAAAUGUGAAGCCAACAUACAAAGAAAUUGGGAAUAAACUCACACAAGCAGAAACUGUUCUGCGCUGGACUCUGGUAAAAGUCGAAGCUAAUUUAUUUCCCGAAUGACGACCACUGGCUCAUAAUAUCGCUUGGAUGAAAUCGGGUCAGAGUCAAAACAGAGGGCAGGACUGAUGUCACAGGUAGCAUGUUCAUUACCUCCAGAGGUUGAGACAAAUUUAAAGAUUUUUAACACAUUUUUAAAGUGAGAUUAAGGUAGAACAAAAUGACUUAUAUUUAUUUAUCUUCCGAUUUUUGACAAAGAUAUGCUGAGGAGUCGACAUAUUUUAUACAUGUGAUAAAAUGUAUAGAAUUGUAAAUGUAAAUUUAAACUCGCACCUUCUUGAUAUCUACAUUUUUCUGAUAAUCCAUACUUUUAUAACAAAGUCUGAUCAUGUAAUUGCAUGAUAGUUUUUGUAUGGCAAUGAGAGCUGGGAUUGUGGAAACAAACAACUGUGGGGUGAUUUAUCUUCACUUGGUGCAAAAGCACCUCCAGGUUUUUAAACGAUCAGCAUUUCCUUUUUGCAACUGGAUUUAAAUAAUCAUUAUAUAACUAAUUGUUUACGCCAACUGUUUGUGAGCCUGUGCUUUUAUAGGUGAUUUAUGUGUUUAUGCUUCUUUUGAUAAAUGGUUGUUUUAUAUUAUAAAUGACAAAAUAUCAAACUCGUACCAGGCAGUCGUAGAAGCUUCUAGCUGUUUUUAGAUUUAUGUUUUGUUAGUCGUAAACCUGUGAAGUGUUUUAAAAUGCGAAAUAUGCAAAUAAUGUGAUAACAUGCAGACUCACCUUUCCUCUCUGGAUUGUUGGUGCAUGUCCUGUUGAUAUUAUUUCAGUAAAUCACUUGUGAUCUGUUAAAUAUGAGAAAAAUCUUG